UCGCGAGGUGAUCGCUCAGCAAACAGCCGUUCUGUGAGCAUUUCGAGUUUGUGUUCCUCUGCUCCCAGAUGGGGCUCAGUGGCGACUUAUGUUCUUGGCAAUCUUGCAGUGCAAGGAUCAUGUGCCUGAUUUGUCCUCCUGCAUGGGGACACCAGUGCAGUGCUUGCUGGAGGUUCGCCCGCGAACAUGAGACUAGCCCUAGAUAGGAGCUGAUAAUGAGAUGCGAUUCCAUUGAUUAGCACGGCGGAUGCUCGGAUGCUCCGCCGCAACAGCGCUGUUAGCAAGAUGAGGAUUUGCAAACUUCUUCUUGUCGCUCUUGUCUUGGUCUUUCUAUGCACUUUGGCUGCUCGUUGCAUUGGAAGUGAAGCGGUUGGUGGAGACGGCAGUGGCAGUAGUGGAGCGCUAGGCGAUGUUAAAGUUUAUACGGACACCUGGGCCGUACAGGUUCGUAGUGAUGUGAGCGAGCGGGACGCUAGGCGACUGGCCGAAAACUACGGAUUCGAUCACAUUCGACAGGUUGGAUACCUUGAAGACAUCUACCAUUGGGACCACACCCGCGUAGCAGCAAGGAGCCGCCGAGCAGCCGCUGACAUUAGUGGCAAGCUAAAGCAAGAACCAAAGGUGGUGUGGUUCAGACAGCAACAUCUGAUAUGGCGGACUAAACGCUCCUCCGUGUUGCCGUCUCCUCCUGCCGAUGGCAUUGCCUUGUCGGAUCCACUCUGGGAGAAAGAAUGGCAUUUGAAUGAUGAAGUACAUGAGAAGCUGAACACUAACCUCAGGUCAUUGUAUGAGGGAAGUCUGGAAGUGGUGGAUGCUUGGCAAGAUGGGUACACCGGACACGGAGUUACGGUUGUUAUUGUUGACGAUGGCGUGGAGUAUACGCACCCGGAUCUUGUAGACAAUUACGAACGUGAUAUCAGUGUGGACUUGAAUUCAGCUGACUACAACCCGCUACCUCGCUACACCAAAGAUGACCGGAACAAACACGGCACAGCCUGCGCCGGAAUUACCGCAUCCGCACAAAACAACUCUGUGUGCGGCAGCGGAGUCGCUCCAAACGUCACAUUCGGUGCUAUCCGAGUCAUUGAUGGCCCUGAGAUGGACAUACUGGAGGCAGCUGCACUGGUCCAUCGCGUUCAUGAUAUUGAUAUUUUCUCGUCUAGCUGGGGACCACGGGACAAUGGCAAGGACCUGGAUGGGCCUGGACCGUUGACUGUGGAGGCCUUGCUGCACGGCGCUUCUAAGGGUCGUGCCGGCCUCGGCAAUCUCUACGUGUUCGCAUCGGGCAAUGGUGGCUAUGCGGGUGAUAGCUGUGCGUACGAUGGGUACGCCAGCAGUCGAUUCACUCUGACCAUAUCGGCAGUGACACAGACGGGCAAGGCGCCAUGGUAUGCAGAGGCAUGUUCUUCAGUGCUGGCGUCGGCAUUCAGCAGUGGUUACGAUAGAGAGGCCGGAAUAGUGAGCACAGACCUGCACAGCGGGUGCAUGGAUGAUUUCAGCGGCACAUCAGCAGCUGCACCCAUGGCUGCAGGUAUUCUAGCACUGUUGUUGGAGGCAAGACCCACUCUAAGCCUACGCGACGUGCAGCACAUCGUAGCGCUGACUGCAGAUCACGUCACACUGGAACACAGCGUCAAAAUGGCAUGGCAACGCAACGCUGCCGGAUUCCACUUCUCCCCGUACUUUGGGUUUGGACUGCUCAACACGUCGGCCAUGAUAGCCAUGGCAACGAAAUGGACCAGUGUCCCCGAGCUGCAGGGCUGUGUGCUGCCAUGGAGACUUGCUGGACCAAGGUUCUUUUCCAGCAAGCCACUGCUGCUGACACUGCCAGCAGCCGGGGAUUGCGUUGCUGAAAGUGGACUGCAGGUUGAAUACCUGGAACAAGUCACGAUCAUCGUAAGCUUACGUGCGACUAGACGGAGCUCAGCCACACUGGAUCUGAUCUCCCCUGGUGGCACGCGUGUCAGAAUCCUCUAUCCACGUCCCGCUGAUGACAAGAGCACGGGCAUAUGGCAGUGGCCUAUUUCGACGUCAUUCUUCUGGGGAGAGAGGCCGUCGGGACAGUGGAGAGUUGAGGUGGCAAGCAGUUCACCGCAGGAAAACGGAUUUCUCCACAGCAUCGAACUUGUUCUAUCUGGAACAAUAUCCCUACCAGAAUCCUACCCGCACCUACUCCAACGUGCCAAUGACACGUCUCCUAACAUCGAGCUGGUUGAAGCAGAGGAGAAUAACACAACUAAACCCCAUAACAGCGACGAAGAUGACCAUGCAAACGAAUUGUUCAUUCUCUACUCCGGUGAAAUACAGUAUCGUGGUGAUCGCUAUGGCAACGCGAACGCACUGAAAUCGCUGGAUCAAAUUGCGGGAUCGUCUGAACAAACCGGAAAUACAGAGGAAGACACCUCUGGCAUGUCAUGGUGUCGGUUCGUUUCGUCCGCUGGACCCAGUUCAAGUCGGGAUUGUAUGCUCAACUCAUCGGAUAGCACCCACUGCACGGAGC